AUGUCUGAAUGUGUUUUGUUUCGAUGUCAGCAAGAAAAGAAGUUAAUAAAAAGAGAAUUUCAAAAGUGGAAUAAAAAUUUGUUAUUACAAUUAGGUCUGGAAACAAUUUGCAAAAAUUAUUUUUCAUUUGAUAUCACAAGAUUAGAAGAUAAGAUAAUUAAUGAACCUAUUGAUUUCAAUUCAGAUAGUGGAUGUUUGUUUUGUGUUAGUCGGCAAGAACAUUCGAUUAAAAUAGCGCCGUCGAAGAAUGUGUGCAAGACAAAUGUUAAACAGGAAACAUUCGCUGAACAUCGUCGAUUAGUGGAUCACGAUCCAUCAACAGAAGAUCCUGUCUGUCCCAGUCUUGGUGACGAACCAUUAGAUCUCAGCUUGAAACAUACAUUAUCAAGUGACUACAUGUUAUCGAAAAAUCUUACAAGUGAUAAACGCGCAUUCCUAGAUUUCAAGUCAGAUAUAAAAAAACUAUAUACACAAGAAGAAUUAGAUCGUGUAUUAAACUAUAUUGCGUCAGAAAAAAUUGAUUUUUCGCGUCCAUCACAAUUUCAAAACUCAUUGUCCAAUAGGAAAACAAUCGAAACAUUGUUCAGCAGCCCUUAUUCUUCAUCCGAUGAUCCAUUAUUAUCAUUUUUAUCCGCAAAACCAUCAACAGACGCACUUUUAACCCCUUCGCCAUUGUAUGACGUUGAGCCAAGCAAGAAUGAUGGAACAAAUACGUUUUUCCCUUCACAAAUGAAGAAAAACGAUGACAAUUUGCAUCCUAGUGUUAUAAAAUUAGUAAAAAAAAUGGCAGUUGAACGUUUAGUUCAGGAAAUCGAUUUUCUUCGAUCAAAUAGUCAGUCAACGAAUAUCUCGUCUUCAUCAUCAUUAUCAUAUUUAAAUGACAUACAUCCGUACAUCACGUUAUCCUCCUCAUCUCUUUCACUCUCUCCAAUAACUGUUAGAGCAUCCGAAUCUUGUUCAGCUUUGACAACAACAACAAAAAACAAUUCUUCAAACCGUCAUUUGUACUCUAACAUACAACAAACUGAAAAAAUUUCGUCUCUUUUAAACGAUGUCAUGGUUCAUGUGUUGCAACAAAUGUUUGAACAAAAUAAACAGAAUGUGGAUAUUGAAAAUUUAAAAAGUAAAUCAAAAUUUAAAAAUAGUGAACCAUUAUUUGUCAAAAAGAAAAAUGGUGCCAAGACAACUACAACAGUGUCUUCAUCAAUGCCACAAAUUGCAAAGAAAUCACUUGAUGAUGGAAAAUCAUCAAAUGGAAAAUAUGUUCAUUCACAGCCAAUAUUAAACAAUUUAUUAAGUUCAAAAUUGAAUAGAAUACCUUUGCCUGUAAAUAAUUUUAUACGAAAAACGAUAAUUCAAUCAAAAUCAAAACGUUUAAUAGAUGAUCAACAACAACCACAAUCAACAAAACGUAUGAAAUUACAAGAUGACAACAGAACAAUGUCUGAUCGUCAAUCACCCUCAUCUUCCUCCUCAUCCAGUUGCUCUUCUUUAUCACUAUCAUGCAAAUCCACAAAAUCACGAUCAUCAAAUUCAAUAAGUUCACUUAGUUCAAGAUCAAAAAUAAUUAUUGGUAAUGAUGGAAGACAAAUUAGACCAAAGCGUGGUCAAUAUCGCCGUUAUGAAUCAGAACAAUUGGCAAAAGCCGUUGCUGCUGUUUUAAGCAAUGAAAUGAGUGUUCAUAAGGCUGGAAGUUAUUUUGGUGUUCCUCACAGUACAUUAGAAUACAAAGUCAAAGAGCGUAAUUCAAAGACAAGAAAUAAAACAACUGACAUCAGUUCGAGUACUGACUGCUCGCAAUCGUGUACUGGCCUCAGUGCUAAUAAUCAAUUAAAUGAUGGAGAACAAAAGAGUUCUUCAUCGAAUUUUGUUUCAUCUUCAUUUGGAAAUCGUGGUAUUAUAUCGUCACAACUGUCAAAAUUAUUCUCGAAUUCAAGUACAACAUCAAAGCAAAAAUUUUCGUCAAAUAAUCGAUUAGACAAUGCAUCAAAUGAUACAUUUCAAGAUCAAGGGUCUCCUUCAUCGUUUAAGUCAAACGCAAUUACGUCGGAGAUAUCGUUAUCCGAUCAUGUAUUUCCGUCCACUAAAUUGAAACAGUUUAGUCCUCCUAAUACUAAUGAAGCAUUAGAACAAACACCAAUAAAUGAUAAAAAUAAUAAUGAAACAAAGAUUGCUGCUGCUAAUGAUGAUCUUCAAUCUUAA